CUAAGAGCAUGCAGUACAGCUUGGUACGGCGUCUUGACAAUAGAAGAACAAGGGCUUUGGUGGAACUAUGAAUCCUCUGCGCAAUCUGUGUGUUUUGGCCUGUUUCAUGGCCGUGGCUCUGGCCACGAACAGCCAUAGGCAAUCCAACUCGCUGGGCAGCUCCGAGGAUCCCAGCAACUGGGUCAGCACCAGCGAAAUCGAGCAGCUGCCCAUGCUCAAGGAUGUGACACUGCGUCGCCUCGAAGGCAUGACCGUCGAAGAGGGUGCAUCUCUGUUGGACAAGUUGUACCAUCUGGCCCAAUUCAACCGCGUCUUCAAGCCCGAAUACGUGCCAGAGCCCAGCAAGAUCAAGGGCUACAUUGUGGGCGAGCGCGGCCAGAAGAUCGAGUUCAACCUGAACAACUUUGUGCAGACGGUGAAGCGCCAGCCGAACUUCGGCAACGACGAGGUGACCAUUUUCAUUGAGGGCCUGCCCCAGUCGUGGAGCCAAGCCAACAAGGCCAACCGCAAGCUGAUCCAGGCCUACGAGCAGCGCUACAAUCUGCAGCCCUAUGCCGGCCAGCAGGACAGCGACGAGCAGAAGAGCAACAGCGAUGAGCAGGGACAGCAGCGCCGCAAGCAGAACCAGGAGCAGGACGACAACACAACCGGCGAUCUGGUGGUCAUCACCUUGGGCAAUCUGAUCGAGGACUUCGAGCAGUACGUCACUCUGAAUGUGGAGCGCAUCGGUGAGAUUAUUGGCGAGCGUCUGGUGCAGCUGACCAACGAAGUGAACGUGCCCCAGGAGAUCAUCCAUCUGAUCGGCCAGGGACCCGCUGCCCACGUUGCCGGCAUCGCUGGUCGCCAGUACACCCGCCAGACUGGACACAAGCUGCGCCGCAUCACCGGUCUGGACCCCGCCAGGCUGUACGCCAAGCCCGAGAACAAGCUGAGCGGUCUGGCUCGCGGCGAUGCUGACUUUGUUGACGCCAUCCACACCUCUGCCUACGGCAUGGGCACCCAGGAGCGCCACGGCGAUGUUGACUUCUAUCCCAAUGGCCCCGCUGCCGGUGUUCCCGGCGCUGACAACGUUGUGGAGGCCUCGAUGCGCGCCACCCGCUACUACGCCGAGUCCGUUCGCCCAGGCAACGAGCGCAACUUCCCAGCCGUCGCCGCCAGCUCCUACAAGGAGUACAAGCAGAACAACGGCUAUGGCAAGCGCGCCUACAUGGGCAUCGCCACCAGCUACGACAUCCGCGGCGACUACAUGCUGCAGGUGAACUCGAAGAGCCCCUUCGGCCGCAGCACCCCCGCCCAGCCACAGACUGGCUAUCACUCCUACCACGAAAGCUGGAAGCAGCAGCAGAAGAACCUGGCCUAAGCACCUCUCCACACAGCGAAUCAUGCAGCAAGCCAUCAAUAAUUCGAGAACAACAACAAA